CACGCUGUUUGUACCCAGUUAGUGAAUGGAAUUUUGGGCAGUCGAAAAAUUCCAAAAACAAAUGCGCGGAUACAUAUAAGUGAAAUAAUUAGCAUAAUUUAGAUUCGUAAGUGGUUUGUUGGAAAGCAAAGCUUAUGCUUUGUUAUCAAAGCAUUUGGCUUCUCAAGUUUCUAUCUCUGUCGCCGUCGCCGUCGACGUUCGUUUUCUGAAUUCCAAAUGAAGUCAUGAGCAGCAGAUUGUAUAAAAAGCAACAGAAUCGACAACAACAACAAGAAAAGCUGCAGCAAAACAACAAUACAAAUAUCGUUGUCACUUUAUUACAACAAGAAGAAAAAAACAAAAGUGAAAUUAAGUGUUUAAAUACAUGAGGUAGAGGAGCAGAAGAAGAAGACAAAGCAGCAGCAGCAACACAAAUAUGACAUGGUCGCGUCUCGUUUAUACAAUAACUCAAAUUAAUUGAAUAUGUUGGCAAAUGAGCAAAACGAAAAUUACGUUAAAAGCCCACAAAUCAAGCGGUGUUUUUAACAUGGCUGCUGCAUCCGCUGGCCAACAGCUGCAACAGCAGCGGCCACAGCCGCCGCAGCAACAGCAGCAGCACAAAUUGAAUAUUGUUAGCAGUGCGGAGACGGUUCAAGCCAACGAGCUGCAGCCCCACCAACAACUAAACAUGUACAAGCAUCAACAACAUCAGCAAAUGUUGCAGCAGCAACAGCAGCAGCAGCAGCAAUUCUACCAACAGCAGCAACAGCAGCAAACGAAAUUUGUAUCGCGGGUCGUUACAAAUGCCGCAAUCCAGCCACAGCAGCAACAGCAACAAAUCUUACCAGCUGGUUUGGUAAAUGGAAGCUCCAACAUAAUGCAAGCUUCAAAUGUUGCUGGGCAGCAGCAACAGCAACAACACACCAACAGUCAGCAGCACAUUUUUGUGUGUCCAGCUAUAAGUCCGCAACUUCAGCAGCAACAACAGCAGCAGCAGCAGCAACAACAGCAAAACAAACAACGCACCGCGCAAAUAAAAUUGCCUGUAAAGUGCGUAACAUCAACAGCAGCCGCAACAGCAACAUUAGCAACUGUUGCUGGCAGCACGCAUUGCAUGCCAGCAACAAUUGCCUCCCGUCAACAGCAACAACAUCCUCAUCAGAUCUACGCCAAGAAUGUUGCCAAGACGAACAGCAGCAAAAACAACAACAACAACAGCAACAACGAUGGCAACAAUGCAAAUUUGGCUCCUGGUUGGCGGCGUUUAACCAACAACAAUGAAGUGGCCUACAUCAGCCCCACGGGGAAAACACUUCGAACUCAAUUCCAAAUCAAGGACUAUCUGCUAUCACAGGGUACCUGCAAGUGCGGACUGCCGUGUCCACUGCGUCCGGAAUACUUUUUUGACUUCAAUGCUCAGGUGCCCAAUAUGCCACUGAAAGUGUUGUCGGGAAACAGCCAGGAGUUCUGCUCUCAUCAACGGCAUAUGUUGGAGACUGAGCAGUUACAUAAGCCGCAGGGCUUCAAGGACACGGCGAGUGAGGCGUUUGUCACGCUGAUGACGACAGCAGCGGUUACUUCGACGACAACAACGACAACCACAUCAGCAAUUCCAACAACAGCGACAACAAUCGAGUUGGUCAAUCAAGAUGCGAAUUGUCCCAGUUAUCCAAAUAACAAAAACAACAAUAAGAUGGCUAGUAGUUCAUCCUACAGCUCCACAGCUGGAACAUCAGCAGUCCAAGCCGUUCCCUUGUCUACUCCUGCUACCGUAAUGCAAACUAGUCAAACAUUAAAUAUGGACAAACGACAACCAGCUGCUGCAACAGCAGCUUCUGCCUCAGUUUCUUCUGUUGCCGCCGUUGAUCAUGUGAUAAAACUAACGCCACAGGCCUCGAAUUCUGCAACUAAUCCAGCUGUUCCUGCCACACAGCAACAACCCAAUUUUAAGGACGAUCCAGCAGGAUAUUUGCAGCAACAGACGACGUUGCUGCACAAUACGCUGAACGUGGGAUUAGAUGCUAAGCCGGUGGUCAGAACGUUGCAGCAGGAGACUAGUUCUCAGCAACAACAGCAGCAGCGACAGCGAAUUCGCCGUCUUUCACUGUUUGCCGGUGGCAAGUGGGAACUGGAGUCGCCUGCAGCAUCUUCAACUGUUGUCGCAUCCCGCUCUCUUCAUGUAGAUACUGCAGCUGCCUUUGCGCGCCCGCUGAACCCACAAAUCACAAGCAUUACGGUAGUCCCCGCUCCACAAGAGUCGCCAGUGUCCAGCAGCGCAGUUGUUGAGCUGGAGAAACGACCAGAGCAAGUUGGCGCCAUUUCGACGAGUCACGACAGCCCUAGGCACAGCCUCUCCUCACCCACAGACUCGCUGGACUCCGCCAAAAGCACGCCGUCGGCAUCGCCUAAGCCGCAGCCGCAGCCACAAACUCAGCUGCAACUUCAAGUGCAACCCCAGGCUGGUGGCCAACCCACAACCCAACUGCGUGUGCUGCGUCAGCAAUGUCAGCCUCUACGACAGACAAUGAACUAUAAUGGCAACGGAGGCACGACGCUCACUCGAAGCAUAGUGACGACUACGGCUGGAAUUAGUCGACCGGGAACCACGCUGAGUAGCGCAAGUUCGACGGUGGCGCAGCUGCAGUCAAUGGCCCAUAAUAGUGGCGGAAACCAGCUGAUCAUGACCUCAUCCGGCCAAUUGCUGGUGAUUCCCUCGACGAGCAAACAGCCAGCGACAUCUGCUCAGCAUCAACAGCAGUCCCAUCCUCAACAGCAUCGCUCGGCGCAUCCCAGUGGCGGCUAUAUUGUUAGCCAGCCGUCGGCAUUGCUUAAUACGAACGGAGCCAAGGUACUGCAUCAUCAGAUCAUUGCCAGCUCGCAGGCCAGUCAAAUCAGUCCGGCUACCACCGCGCCUCCCCAGACUGUGCUGCUCAACACGCUGCCCAACGGCGGUUACAUCGUGCACCAGCAACAGCAGCAGCACCAGCAGACGACAGAGCCUCAGCAGCUGCUGGCGCUGCCUCAGCAGCAGCAGCAGCAACAGGUGCAACAACAGUUGCCAGUCUCGUCACCAGAGGCCAAGCGAAGACCACGCAAACGCAAGAGCUCUGUGAGCAGCACACCUCCUCCCUCGUCUUUGGGCAUGGCAAAGAGUGGCGUACUCAGCUCGCCGACGACUGCCAAGACGCAUUCCCCUCAGAUCUCGCCCAGCAUACCUAGCCAAGCUCCUGCUUUGCUGCAACAGGCGGCCAAUGCGGCAGCUGCUGCUGCAGCAGCAGCCGUUGCAGCAGCUCCUCCGCCAGCUCCUCCACAGUUCUCCCAGCAAUUCCAACUGAGUCCAGGCAUUCAGGGCAUUGUGGUCAACAAACCGACGGCAACUGCGGCACCGCAAACGCAGCAGCUGCUUCUGCAGAAUGGCCAAAUACUGCAGCAGGUGAAUCUCAUUGGACAGCAGCUGCUCAUGCCGGCUGGUCUGGUCAUGGGUCCAGACGCCACGCUCUUGCAGAUCCAAAAUAUGCCGACCACAAGUCUACUGACUCCUCAGGGACCUGUCAUGCUACGCACUCCCUCGCCUCAGAACAAGCCGUCAUUUAUAUCUCCCAGUACCGGGGGACAGCAGUACAUUGUGGGUGCCAACGGGCAGCUGAGUCCAAUUGGCCAGAUCUAUUCAACGCCAAUGGGCCUGGUGAUGCCGACAGCACAGCAGAGCGGGGCUUCCUUUGUGCAAGCAAGUCCCACGGCCACUAUUCAAAUUCAGCAGCAGCCACAACAGCAACAGAUGAGCCUGCAUCCCAGCUACGUCGCGGAUAGUCGUCAGGCAACAGUAGCUAGUCCUCCAGACACUACCACAUGCAGUCCGAGCAGCCCAGAGCGGCCUCCUAGCCAUCGGAGCAGCGGCAGCGGCGACAUGGUGCAGUGCGUCUCGAGUUCGGAGCCGGAUGCAGCGAUCUCGCCCCAAAGUGCUGAGAGCCGUCUGUCACCCUCUUCAACGGAUUGUGAGCGCAGCGUCUGCAGCAGCAAUGUCUUCAGUCAGCCAAUCUCAAUAUAUAAGGCGACGGAGCCAAAGAUUCGACGCAUUCACAUUACCUCGCAAGCAUCAUCAACAGAUGGCAACCACCUCGGAGUAGGAGUUCUGGGACAAGGUAUGCGCAUUGCCAGUUCCACCGGCUUAUCCAUCUCAUCAUCGUCAUUGUCAACAGCAACAGCUGGUAGCCAAGUCAUUCACCAUCAGACCCCAUCCAACAGCCAUCCCAACUUCUAUGUCCAUAACCAAAAAGUAGUUAGCGUUGACUACCAGGAGUCGCCUGAAACAACGCAGCUGCCACCCUUGAUGGAAAAUCCAGCGGCCGGCAGCGAAGUGAUCUCCCUUAAAUCUAAGUCCAACUAUCGCACGCUAACAAAGCGCGGCCGUCGACCACACAGGGCCAACAACGUCAACAUGACAAGAGGCUCGUCAAACGCAAUGGGACUCACAAUGCUGCCACUUCGCACGUUUGCUAUUGGUGAGCUGAUCUGGGGGCCAGCGCGAGGUCAUCCUGCCUGGCCGGGCAAAAUUGUUAAGAUGCCUGACGGCGUCUGCACUCCCUCGCAGCAGUUCGAUCAUGUGUGGGUGCAAUGGUUUGGAGGCGGCGGUCGAUCCACCUCUGAGCUGAUACCGGUCAACUCGCUGCAGAGCCUUUCUGAAGGUUUGGAUGCGCACCACAAGGCCCAGAAGGAUACUAGAAAGAGCCGCAAAUUGAACUCGCAGCUUGAGCGAGCUAUUCAAGAAGCAAUGACUGAGUUGGAUAACAUUUCAGCAACAUCGGCAGCCACAGCGUCAGCCAAUGGUGGCCAUCAGCUGCAGCAACAGCAGCAGCCAACAUCAACUAACAACAGUAAUAUAAAUAGCAAUGGAUUAACUAGAGGAAAACGAGUGACUCCAACAACUGGACAGACGAAUACUAAUUGUGGAAGCAUGACACUGACCGCUAGCACAGCGGUUACUCUCACCGGACUUUUCAGUCCACAGCAGCAGCAGCAGCGCGCCAAGCCAAUACGAAUAGCGCCGGCACCGCCAACAGGUGUGUCGGGAGCUUCAGCUUCAACUGCAGCAGCAGGAAGUGUAUCGGCAGCGGACAUUUUGAAACUAACCAAAUGACCCGCAGUGUCGACGAUUCCGUCGACAGUAAGCACAGGAAACUAUACGCUCUUUAUUGGGCAUAAGUAGAGGCAGUUGGCCAUAAUAAAGUACUAUAUAAAUGUAAGCUAUAUAUACAUAUGUAUGUAUGCAUAGCAUAUAGUCAUGUCAGCUCCCUCUGUCAGUCGCUUUGGAGUUCGUUGUUCUCUAUCGUUUUCUAUCGUCUUACGACUUACGACUUGCUUAGUUGCGCCCUUGCGGCGUUGCCACAUCUCUGAAAUAGACAAUAAAACAAACAAGAAAAAUGUUAACGAAAAGAAAGUUACAAAGAAAAAUGUUCUAACAAUAAGCAAACCAUAUUUUUUAUUUGCUUUUUAAAGCAAAGUUAAGUUGUUUUUGUAUAUACAAAAUUGUAUAGAAGAUCAAAGAGAAUACUUAUUAUUAUAUUAUUACACAGAUGUAAAUGUUAGGUAUUUAUUUAUUGCAUAUAAUUUAUAGUUUUAGAUAUAUUUUUUGUUUUCGUUGCAAUCUGUAUACUUACUUAUUAUUAUUUAACUAGAUAGUAUAAGCCGAUUUUUAGCCAUUAAGUUAAAACCAGACAAGUUAUGCAUAUUUUCAACAGUUUGCCACAUUUUAUAAAAUCCAUAGUGAAAACGUGAGAAUUGCUAAUACUAUUUCUUAAUUUGAGAUACAAAUUAAAUUCAAACUUUCGUGACAUUGUACUUUUAAAUAGAAUCCAAAAGUCUCAGUAAAUGAGUCCGAGAAUUAUAUUUAUAAAUUGUUAUCAUUUUUUGCCAUUAAGUUCAAACAGCCAAUUAAUAAUUUCAACUAUGUAUUGCUUUUAUACCUAGGGAAAAAAUUGAAAUCAAACGAGAAUUACUGAUACUAUUUCUAAUUUGAGAAACUUAUUGAAUGAAUGAAUAUCUAUGCAAAUAUUUACGUUAAAACAGAAUCCAAAACACUAAAUGCAUGAGUCAGAGAAUUAUAUUUAUAAAUUGUUAUUAUUUAUUUAGUUGAACUAUUGUAAAAUUCUAGAAACAAACAACAAAACCAAUUCACAUAUAAACACGUAGAAAAAAUCCAAUAAAACGAACAAAAAUAAAUUCUAAAAUAAUCAA